AUGUCCUCCCUCGUCUGCCUCCGCACCCCCGCCCUCGCGCUCCCCGUGCGUGCCGUCCGCGGCGCUCGCGCCUCCCGCGCGGCCGCGGUGACCCCCGCCGCGGUCGCCCGCCCCGCCGGCGUGAAGACCUCCUCGAACGAGCCCUCCGAUCGCGCGCUCCAGGCGUCCGCCGCGCCCGCCACCGCCACCUCCGCGCUCGCAGCGCUCACCUUCUUCGCGAUGCCCGAGGCUGCACAGGCGGCGGUCGACCCCGUCGCGUCCGCGUUCGCCGCCUACGGCCACUACCUCGGCCUCGUCCUCGUCGUCGCGUCGCUCACCGUGGAGAAGAUGCUCAUCAAGCCGGAGAUGACCGAGGACGAGGCGCAGAAGCUCGUCGUCGCCGACUCCGUGUACGGCAUCGCGGGCAUCCUCGUGCUGUACACCGGGUACCUCCGCGUCACCCAGUACGGCAAGGGCUGGGACUUCUACUCCCACGAGCCCAUCUUCUGGGUCAAGAUGGCGCUCUUCGGCGUCAUGGGCAGCUCCUCACUCUUCAACACCAUCAAGAUCAUCCAGAUGGCGGCGAAGAAGGCCAACGGCGAGGACAACUCCUCCGCCAUCGGCGAGAAGCUCAGCGCGCGGAUGCAGAAGAUCGUCAACGGCGAGUUACUCGCCAUCGGGUCCAUCCCGCUCGCGGCGGCCACCAUGGCGCGCGGCGUUGGGUACGGCGACGGAUCGUUCCCGUGGCAGGCUGGCGCCGGCGGCGUCGCCGCGGUGUGCCUCGGACUCACCGUCAAGUACGUCAAGGAGGCGAUCACCUGGGAGGACGAGAAGGUGGCGGAAAAGGUCGAGGCGUGA